AUGGCUCCUCCACAGGGUGAACUGAUCAGUUCUGCUGGACGUCUACAUCUUGGCCGCGUCUGGAUAGCAACGUCAGAGUAUACUGGCCCCUUAUGUAACACAGUUUAUCCGGCUAAAAUGUGUUCUAGAUCCGGGCAAGAAAAGUUCGUCUUAAAGGAUAUGCCAAAACCUAUUUUUUCGAGCUUUAUUGAGGACAUACGCCCGCGGCUACACGAAAGCCCAUUUCUACGGUUACGAUUUCAGACCAGCGGAUACUCAUCUUAUCAGAAAGCAAAUACCCAUGCAGGCGCAUUUUGCGUAGCAUUGCUGCUGAGCUGCACAGCCAUGACAUUAUUCAUCCAGGUGAGGAACGCGCCCUCAUCUUUAUAUGCUUGGUCUAAUCAUUUCCCAGACAUUAAACCUGACAACAUUAUAAGACGAUUGUUGAGCAGGUUCGGAUCAUUGACCUUGAAACGGGGGUGCAUUAACGGGAUGGUAGCGGGCAAUGACAACUGGCGUGGUCCAGAGGGCGAACUUAAUAAGCCUUCUGAUAUAUUCCCCUUUGGAGCUGUGUGCAUCUAUGCCAUGCCUGGACAAGUAAUCUUUGGCGCCGGUGAAGAUUUCCACACACGAAGCGUAGGGUGCAUUACCUCAUAUCAUUCGCUUGCCACGCAAGUUUCUAUUUUUAGGGAUCGAACAGGAUUGAACGAGCGCAUUACACAUGAUAUCACUGAUACCGAGUUCAAGGAUCUUAUUUUCGAUGAUAGUAAACUUGGAUCCUCAAAAGCGAGUGACGGCACGUGA